CUGGGUGCUGUUUCCAUGGGUGGUGUUGGUUUAUGGGCGCUCAGUGUCCUCUCUGAGGGCCAGGCGGGGGAGGGCUGCUGCCGCUGGCCCCACAGGUCUCUCGGAUUCCCUUCCCGGGCUGCUCCGUGCUGUUCCGGGGCGCUGCGGAGCGCCCCAGGCUGCGGGAGGGGCCGAGCCCCGCCCGCCAUUGCCGCGCCCGCCUUCCCCUGCGCCGCAGCCCUCCGAGCCGCCAGGGGGCGCGCUGCGCCGCGCUGCCUUCCGGCGCCCCCCGCCAUCUUCCGCUCUCUUUCCGCGGCUGCCGCCGACAUGGGGCGCGUUCGGACGAAGACGGUGAAGAAAGCGGCGCGGGUGAUCAUCGAGAAGUACUACACGCGCCUGGGGAACGACUUCCACACCAACAAGCGCGUGUGCGAGGAGAUCGCCAUCAUCCCCAGCAAGAAGCUGCGCAACAAGAUUGCUGGGUAUGUCACCCACCUGAUGAAGCGAAUCCAGAGGGGUCCUGUCCGCGGCAUCUCCAUCAAACUGCAGGAGGAGGAGAGGGAGAGGAGGGACAACUACGUCCCAGAGGUCUCUGCCCUUGACCAGGAGAUCAUUGAAGUGGACCCAGACACCAAGGAAAUGCUGAAACUCCUGGAUUUUGGCAGCCUGUCCAACCUGCAGGUGACACAGCCCACAGUGGGAAUGAACUUCAAGACGCCCCGAGGAGCGCUCUGAGCCUGUCCCUGUGUGUCGCUUUUCCAAUAAACGUGAAGAAACCA